CGCAGCGCUACUAUUUCUUUACGCAAAAAUGUCUGCGACCAGAUACCGUCGAUUUCUCAAGUUAUGCGAGGAAUGGCCGAGGGACGAAUCCAAGAAAGGUCGAGAUUUAGGAACGUUUUUACGUCAAAGAGUGGCUGGGGCUUUCCGAGAAGGCGAAAAUACACAGAUUUCAGACCCUGAGAAAUGUGAUCAGAUGCAUGAAAGUUUGGCCCACAUCAACAGUAACGUGUAUAAAGACAAGUUUCCUCGGGCAAAAGAUUCAAGUUUUACAGGUGUAACUGUGGAAGAGUGUCGAAUGCUGUUGGCAACAGGGAACAUGCAACAAAUGGAUGAGGAGAAGGGGUUGUGGAAGACAUUAAUGGAGCGAUUCUCCUCAAAAUCUGAAGAUGGCCCUCCUGAAAAAUAAUCAUCACACUGUACAGACGUAUUUAUUUUCAAAUAAAACGAUGAAGAUAUUUAUGUAAAUAUUCACUUCAAACUGCUACAUUAGAUCACAUCAAUGGCUCAAAAUGUUUGACAGAAAUCUUUCGAAAAAGUAAAAGUGGUGGACCACUCAGAAAACACCAUAUAAUAUCCAGUUUUAUGGAAUGUUUCUUUCCGAAAUGCCAGAGCAGUAAUUUAUUUUUCCCACAAAAUGUUCCAGCUACUUAGUUGUGAUCCUAUAAGACUGUUCCCACAAUUGUGUACUUUAAUUAUCUUUUUCAUGCCCUGCAUUUUAUAAUGGAGAAUAUUUUUAGUGAAGUUGUGUGAGUGAAGCUGCUGUUUUGCAUAUAUAGUAUUGGUGGUAAAAGACUCACUCGAGAUGCUUGUUUAAAAUAAAUUCAUUUUUGGGACGAUA